UAUCUGACACUGAGCCUGUGACCUGCUCUUCUGGCGUAGAGAUUCACGAAACAAAAAUUAAUUGAAGGGGAUUGAUUUAUGGGAUAAAUGUUUGUUGCUUAGCCUACAUCACAUUAGAAGUAAAUAUAAAAACAAUCUAUUUGUCUAUUUCCCAUUCAUUGACUGCUUCGCCGAGUUGGUUCUCUGGUGUUCUCUUUAGUCUUUGACGAAUUUUACGUCAGUUUGCGACGCUGAUGCUGCCGCCUGUCGUAUUCAAGAUGUCUUCCAAACGAUAGGCUUAUGGCUUAGCUUGUUUUUAGAUCGUUUAUUUUAUUUACAUUUUUCGUUAAUUUUGCGUAUUAGAUGGAGAACGGUGGCUUAUCAUGAAACUCCGGACUCAGUAUGACAGGAGUGAUUCCAGAAGAACGUUGAAAUCGAGGGAAUCACCAACUGUGAUGCAACCUAACUCCAGCGAGGUGGGUGCCCAUCAGGCAGGAAAUGGCUUGUCCCUGACUAUACAGCCAGAGCUACUGACCAGGACACCAGCAGGGGCGACCGGGGGCUCUGUCAUCCCAGAGACCAGUGAUGAAGUCCGGGUGCCUAUUCUCUCCAGCGGGCCCGGGGAGCCCAGUGGAGGAGGAGGGGCGUCAUCCCGUAGGUCCAGAGCCAGUUCCAGAACCAGUUCCCACUCCCAUUCACAUGGUGGGGGACACCAGCACUCUCACAGUGAGCCCAGUGAGACAGACCCAGCUGAUGCUGAUCUGGAGUCAGGGGAGCCCAGCACCUCGUUCUCAGAACUGCGCUACCUCUUCCGCUGGGUUCAGAAGAGUCUUCCUUUCAUAAUCAUCCUCGGUGCUAAACUAGUCAUCCAGCAUGCCCUAGGUCUAGUUGUUGGAGUUGGCUUGUUUACAACUUUUCUUUAUGCGAAUAAGAACAUUCAAACCCAAGUCUUUCUUCAGGAUCGUCGGUCAAAAAUAGAGUGCGUAUGGCUGCUCCUCUUCCUGGCGUCCUCCACAUUUCUGCUUUACUACACAUUUCUCACUGAGUCACUUUACUAUUGCCUAAUUUUCCUGAGCCCAGCUGUUGAGCCCCUGGGUUUCUGGGAGGUCCUAUGGGCGGUGGGCGUCACCAACUUUAUGCUCAAGUUCUUCUUCAUGGGGUUCAAGUGCCUUAUCCUACUGCUACCAUCUAACCUGGUGACAUUCAGAGCCCAGGGGCGGUGGUACAUGCUGAUUGAAGAGGUGGGCCAGGUGUACCAGUCUGUGGCCCCCAUCCCCCUCUGGUUCCGCUACCUGAUCACCUACCAGGAGGUGGAUGGCAACACUGGCCUCACCCUGGGAGUCCUGCUGGCUCUGGUCUACUUCAUACUCAAGCUUUUAGGAUUGUAUGGACAGUGGGGGUCUUUCCAGAAAACUGUGAGGCUAUUUCUCAGUGGCGAGCACACGGGGGCAGCAGCCACCAGGAGCCAGUGCAGUGAGGCUGGGGACAUCUGUCCUAUCUGUCAGGCAGAGUACAGGAACCCUCGAGCCCUCCUGUGUCAGCAUAUUUUCUGUGACGAGUGCAUUGCUCUGUGGUUUAACCGGGAGAAGACGUGUCCACUCUGUCGCACGGCCAUCACAGACAAGGUCCACAAGUGGAGGGACGGGGCCACCACACCUUACCUCCAGAUCUAUUGACAGAAAGAGAUGAUGGAAAGUGGAGAGCCUAUGACUUAUGGACACUGUUUGUGAUGUGUGAAUGACAGUUGUAUUGACCGCAAUACUCCACUCCUCAUUGGCUUGUGAAGCUGAUGACCAUACUGUUCCUCCAUUCAUUAAGGGCUGUGCCCACUUCUUGCCAACGUAAGGUCACAUAAAAUUUGGGAUUGGGAUGCAUUCAGCACCGUGGCAUGUUACUGCAACUCCCUCUCCAACCAUCACUUUUCUACACAACUAACUGACUGACUGAAGCUGGUUCUCUCUCUGCAUGGCCCCUUUUGCUAUUUUCAGUUCAUUUUAUUUACAAACAUUUAUCUUUUCUUAUCAUGAUCUGAUUUAAUCAUAUGUUUGUUUUGACGGCCAGCCUAGAAGAACAGAACAGACAGCCUCUGGCUUUAUUAGACAGAGCUGUCAGGGAAUAGCCUGAUCCCAGAUCAGUUUGUGCUGUUUUGCCAACUCCUACCUUUAUUGUCAAUGUCAUGACAAUGACUAUAGGGGGUGCAAGACAGCACAAAUAGAUCUGGCACCAGGCUAGUCAGGGAAUACCUGGAGGUUUCUUCUACCUGUAAAUAGGGGUGGGUUCAUGAGGGAUAUUUAAAUUGUAGUAGUAUUUUAAUCAGAUGUAUUAUGUCUCUCCCUCCAAAGUUAGAACAAAUGUGGAUCACACAAAAACGUGUUAUGUUUUGUGUUUGGUAGAUACCCAGUCUUUCAAACACUUCUCUCUUUGAGUUGCAAAGGUUCCAACAUGUUGUAAAGGGAUUCCAUUCUGUGUCUGAUAGAGGCAGUCCGGAUAGACAGAAGUGGUUAAAGAACAAAAUGUACUCAACAAGUUGAGAAGCAAUUACAAACACAAAGGUUGAUGAUAUUUAAAAAGUUAUUAAUUUGGGGGGCUUCUUAUUUUUAGAUUAAGUCUGAUAUCUCUGCUUUUUAAGAUUUGUUUUCCAGAUGACAAAUAUGCAACACAACUAAGAUUGUUGUGAGAUUGGUUUGAUCCAUAAAUUAUUUUUCUAAAGUGAUGAUGCAGUUGCAUUCUUCCACUCUGGUUUUUAAAAGGAUGUAUCUAUUUUACUACCAUAUUUCAUUAUGUAGUGAAAUCAUUUCAUGUUUUUCUUCCAUAAAGUCUUUCCAUCAACAAAUUAAAUAAAAUAUAAAAUGUU